UUUAUCAGCAUUUCUCCAUUGGAUUUAGUCUCUAAUGUUCCCUAUUCAUCUCUCCAGGCUGGUGCAGAUAUCUCAAUGAUCGGGCAGUUUGGAGUGGGCUUCUACUCCGCCUACCUGGUGGCUGAAAAAGUCACGGUCAUCACCAAAAACAACGAUGACGAGCAGUACACCUGGGAGUCAUCCGCUGGCGGCUCUUUCACGGUCAAGGUGGACCAUGGUGAGCCCAUCGGCCGUGGAACCAAAGUCAUUCUUCACCUGAAAGAAGAUCAGACAGAGUACAUUGAGGAGAAGAGAGUGAAGGAAGUGGUCAAGAAACACUCGCAGUUCAUCGGAUACCCAAUCACCCUCUUCGUGGAGAAGGAACGCGACAAGGAGAUCAGCGACGACGAGGCAGAGGAGGAGAAGCCGGAGAAAGAGGAAAAGGAGGAAGGUGAAGACAAACCCAAGAUUGAAGAUGUCGGCUCAGAUGAUGAAGAGGACUCCAAAGACAAGGACAAGAAGAAAAAGAAGAUCAAGGAGAAGUACAUCGACCAGGAGGAGCUGAAC